CAAUAUGUUGUCCAGCGGAGUGAGCUUAGAGCAUGCGUAGUGUCUGUAGAAGAAGGGUUGUGGCAAAUGGAGGCUGUUGUUGUGUAGUGUUGAAUAGAGGUGUGGUUGAAAAAAAGCUUAUUUUACCUACAAAACGAGUCCAAGGUGACAAUAUAUCUAUAAGUCUCUUAUCCACAGACACCCCAGCCAAUGAACCAUGGAAGGCCUCAAGAGAAAAGUUGUGCAAACUAGACAAGAAAUUGAAAAGGCUGAAAUCAAGGAGAAGUAUUUCCGAAAGCUACUGAGAAGACAAGGAGAACGAGCAAUCAUAGCUGAAAUGGAAGCAGAUGGACUCAGAAAUAGAAUUAAAGAUAUAGAGGCAAGGAUUGAAAAAUUAAAUGACAAAACCUAUCAAGUUUCUCUAGGAGUUCAGGCUAAAUCACUUGAAAAUGAUGACAGUGAAAAGGAUAGAAAAACCAUGGAAGGAAAAGAAUAUGAUCAUAGUGAUCAGAUUGCUCUUCUCGAAGACAGAGUAGCUGAUGUUGUCCGAGAUGUUGAUGAGAAGGAAAUCCGCCUAGAGGAAGCUAAGAGACGUCUUACAGAAACAAAGGCCAACCUAGCUUCUGCGAACGAUAGAGCUGAAGAAGCAGAUAAAAAGAUYAGUAUCCUUGAGAAUGAAAUACAUUCUAUGUGUAAAGAUCUCUACACAUUGGAGAGGAAAGCAGAACGCCGUUUCAAGAGGAAUGAUUAUUUUGCAGAUAAGGUUGAAGAACUGGAUUUGAGACGUAGAAAUGCAAUCCUGCGAGCAGAUGACUCUCAGAUUGAGGGAAAACAGCUGCAGAACCAGUGCGACAAAGUAUCUAAUUCUUUAUCCCGUGAAAAGAAGAGAGUAGCAUUCAUGAAAAGAGAGCUGGAAGAUGCUUUAGCAGAUUUGAAUAUUGCCAGGAACUAAAAACAUUAUGAACUACAUGAUGAGGAAUACAAUUGAAAGAUGAACAUUGUAUCAACAAAAUAAUCAUGUCCAAGUACGUUAAAGACAUUAAAUGGGAUCCAGUAAAAAGAAUCAUUCAUUUAAAAGACCAACAAGCUUAAAUUAAAGGUCCCAUUGAUCAGAUCUUUUUAUUCUGGAAUGRAUUCAUUUGUUUUCUAGGUAAUGACCAUUUUCUUGAGGAAAAUUAAUGUAAAUGUAAGAUUUUGUUAGCCCUGAUAAACUCAUGUCAAAGGGAACAAGUCUAUCAGGGCCAAGAAGGGUUUGUUGUAUAGUGAAAUUGGUCUACCUACAACAUAAGGCCCUUACAAUUAAUGAACGUAAAAUAAGGUUAUGCAUGUAAGACACUGAUUUUAGUUUGUCAAUAUUUAAAUAUUGUUUUGAUAUUGCAUAACAAUUAUUAUCUGGCAGACUUUUUAACAACAUGUUGACCAUGAUUAGCAAGCAUAAAAAACAACUUGUAAAAUAGAAAUUGCACAAUAGACCCUUUGCAGUAAACAGUCACGUGUUCAUA